UUUAAGCACACUAUAAAUGAGGAAAGCUGUAGCGACAUGUUUUCUUUUGCCCAAAUAUUCCAUACAUCACGGUAAGUAUGACGUGUAAUUUGUGAGACUGGUGUUUAUUUACACCUAUGCAGAGUGCGGCGAAUAGAAGGUUAGAUGUGGAAAGUCUCGUUUUCCUUCCAGAAUAAAGUGGUUUAGAAACCCAUCCAAACAAGAUGUCUGUUGCUGCCUUGCGUAUGAUCCGAUGUAGGAGGUUGACAACGGCUGGGCCAGGAGUAAAGAGAGCCGUUCCCUGGAAGGAUCUCAGGAAGAUCGCAAAGGUCACUGGAGCUGUUGUCUUUGGAGGCUGCAUUUUCAUCACCUAUGAAGUAACAUCCCUGAGCAAAGCUGUGACCAUCGACACCCAGGCCAUCCUUCAAGAGAAACACAAAUCCUACAUCUAUCUCAACUCCUCGUCCCUAACGGAGCCCGAGACCCUUGCCACUGGGCUGACUCACCGAGCUCGGAGGGAGCUGCAUAAGGCUGCCAGGAGGUUCCUGGAGAUCUCCUCAAAAGUCUUCUUGCGGCCACUAGAUGAACACCUGAGCCAUAAGGAUGCGGACCCUCAUGAGUGUGCGUUAUGGGUCCUGCUGAAGAGGACACGGUCAGCCAGUCGAACAGAGAGACUCCAGGCCGUCCAAGACCUGGCACACAACACACACUGGCAAGAGUACCAGUACCAGACGGCAGCGCAGGCCUUGGAUCAGCGCACGGUGGUGGGAUUGGCCCGGACGCCUCACGUGGAUCUGCGCUUCUUCCUCCCGCCCCCUCAACUCCCCCAGGUGGACGACGGCUUCUCGUUGGAGGACGGCCUGAGGCUCCUGCUGGCCUCCUUGCCCCAGUCGGAGGUGGAUGUGUGUGUGCAGUACUUCACGUCUCUGGCCUUGAGAGAGAGCAGCCAAGCCCUCGCCGCACAGAGGGGAGGUCUGUGGUGCUUUGGGGGGAACGGGCUGCCCUACGCCCAGAGUCUCACCUCCAUCCCCUCCGAGAAGGUGGAGUCCUUCUGCCUGCAGGCUCUGGUGAUGCACUCAAAGGUCCCCAGUCACUGUGAGCACAUUGUGGCCAAUGGGGGGCUCCAGCUGCUGCAGAGAGUGUUCCAGUUCCGCUCCGACUCCCAGAAGAUCCAGAGGAACAUCGUACGCAUCAUCGGGAACCUGGCGCUCAACAACAACAACCAUGCCGCCAUAGUGCAGUCAGGUUGGUUGACUGUUCUGGCUGAGAUGGCCCAGUCCCCCCACAUCAUGCAGGCGUCACAUGCUGCCCGUGCGCUGGCCAACCUGGACCGGGACGCCGUGGAGGAGAAGUACCAGGACGGGGUGUACGUGCUGCAUCCGCAGGGCCGCACCAGCCCCAGUCAGCCAGUGAAAGCAGACGUGCUCUUCGUGCAUGGCCUCCUGGGGGCGGCCUUUAAGACCUGGAGGCAGAAGGACCUGGACCAAUCAGAAGACGGCACUGGCCCAAGAGGGCGGGAGGACUACACCGAGUGUUGGCCAAAGUCAUGGCUGGCCAGCGACUGCCCCUCCCUGCGUAUUCUCUCGGUCGAGUACGACACGCACCUGAGUGACUGGAGAGCCAAAUGUCCUGCUGAAAACCAGAGGAAGUCUCUGGCGUAUCGGAGCGGUGAGCUGCUGAAGAAGCUGAAGGCAGCGGGUAUUGGAGACAGACCGGUGGUCUGGGUGGCACACAGCAUGGGAGGUUUGUUGGUGAAGAAGAUGCUCUUAGAUGCCUCAAGGGACCCCGAUCUGCAGCCGCUUCUGAAGAACACCAAGGGAAUCCUGUUCUACAGCGUUCCCCACCACGGCACCUUCAUGGCUGAGUACUCGGUCAACGUGCGGUUCCUGCUCUUCCCCUCCAUAGAAGUGAGAGAACUCUGUAGAGAUUCGCCUGCACUUAAAGAAUUGAAUGACAAUUUCUUGAACAUUGCCAAAGAGCGAGAGAUCAAAGUGCUGAGCUUCGCAGAAACUCUCCCCACAACCAUCGGCCCUAUGAUCAAGAUACUGGUGGUGCCAGAGCAGACUGCAGAUCUCGGCAUUGGAGAAAUUAUCCAAGUGGAUGUGGAUCACCUGAACAUCUGCAAACCAGACAAGAGGGAUUCUUUUCUCUACAAGCGGAGUUUACAGUUCAUCCAGGAUGCACUUGCAAUACACAAUACCCAAUAAGGAUCAAUAAGAGGGCACAUCACACAAUAAGGACACUCCAUAGGGCACAUCACACAAUAAGGACACUCCAUAGGACACAUCACACAAUAAGGACAGGACCCAUCACACAAUAAGGACGCUCCAGGACUGAAUGGAAACUCCACAGUGGAGUCACACUGCCCACUAGACAACACAUUUCAGAUGCAAUAACACUGCAGCAGGGGUGAUAUGAGACUGCAGUGAUGUGGUGAUAUGAGACUGCAGUGAUGUGGUGAUAUGACACACCAGUGAUGUGUCGAUGUGACACUGCAGUGGUGAUAUAUGAGACUGCAGUGGUUGGAUGCUGCGAGCUCCCUGUAGUAACAGCCUAAUGACCGUAUAAGAUCAGUGCUCCCUGUAGUAACAGCCUAAUGACCGUAUAAGAUCAGUGCUCCCUGUAGUAACAGCCUAAUGACCGUAUAAAAUCAGUGCUCCCUGUAGUAACAGCCUAAUGACCGUAUAAGAUCAGUGCUGUGUUGCUUAGCGUGACCGAGUGAGAUGCGCAUUGACUUUUAGAUGGGAUUAGUGGGGCGGGGACAACUGGCCAGUGCAUAAUGGUCCAAACAACCACUCACCAAAACAAAUUUUAAUUCUAAUUUCCUAACUAGUAUUGACCCUAACCCUAAUAUUGACCCUUGACCCUAACCCUAGUGUUGAUCACAACUCCAAGCCUGCAGCUGCUGUGGGAUCCCUUUACUAGCACUCUGAUCAUGUGCUCCUGGUUGUCUUGAGACAGAAUCGUAUCAUUUUCCAGAGUUUAGUUUCCCCCUCAUUUUUACAGAAACAUAAAACUCUCCAGGACAUAUAGAGAGCCCUUUUAAAUGUGUGGAUCACACGUGUGUGUAACUCAAGAACAUAUAGAGAGCCCUUUUAACGUGUGUGUAACUCCAGGACAUGGAGCCCUUUUAAAUGUGCGGACCUUUCUGCAUCACACAUACUUCUUCCUCUGUGUUCCAUCUCCCUCUGAGCACUUUUAUAUUGUUGAUCAUUCGCACUUUCCUUGUCCAGAGAUUCUUAUGCAGAGCUGUUUAUUCAGACUUUUAAAUACUUGUUUCCACUGUUAAAAGCAUCAAUACCAGACUUGAAACUGCCUUUUGAAAUGUUGCCAGCAGCCUCUCCCCUCUACCUCAGGCACACCUCAAUGCAUUUACAGCUAUUUAUUUGAUUAUUUUAUUGUUUUAUGGUAUUUUUUGUCAUGAUAGAGCCUGCAAGAUCAUGCUUAAAUGAAUUGACGUAUGGCUUAGUCCCUACAAGAUAUGACGUCAGUACUGUCAAAACUUAUUGUCACAUAUUCAAUGCCCUUUAUCUUGAAAAAUAAGUAUGGCCUAUUUUAAUAAAGUGGCUUUAUUCUA